AUGGCUACCAACGCGAACGAAACACAAUCGGCGACGAACCCGCUCUUCACCGUCACAUUCGACGUGACGAACAACGACAACUACGGCGACUUCAUCGCCGGCCUGCGGCACAGGCUAGGCAACCCGAGGCACUUCUCCCGCAACCGCCCCGUCCUCCCGCCGGUGGAGGCUGGCCAGCACCCGCCACGCCGCUGGUUCCACGUCGUGCUCAUGACCCAGGCCGGCGCGCUCACGCUGGCCACGCGCGCCGACAACCUCUACCUGGAGGGCUUCCGGAGCCGCGACGGCACGUGGUGGGAGCUCACCCGCGGCCUCAUCCCGGGCGCCACCUACCUGGGCUUCGGCGGCUCCUACCGCGACCUGCUCGGCGACUCGGACCGCCUCGCCAGCGUCGCCCUCGGCCCGCAGCAGAUGACGGAGGCCGUCAACGCGCUCGCCGCGCGCGUCCCGGCCGACCUCGCCUCCGGCGCGGCGCAGCAGCGGGCGAGGGACGCGCUGCCGGUGCUGCUGCUCAUGGUGCACGAGGCCACGCGGUUCGCGACCGUGUCGGGGCUCGUGGCCGGCCUGAUGCACCCCAGGGCGGCGAUGAAGAACGGCACCAUCACCAUGGAGAUGAAGGCGCAGGUGAACGGGUGGCAGGACCUGUCCACCGCGCUGCUGCGGGCGGACGCGGUGACAUCGGGGCAGUUCACGCCGUUCCAAGGCACGGGCGUUAGGACGGUGGAGGAGGCUGCCGCGACGGUGGGGAUACUGCUGUUCGUUGAGGUGCGCGGCGGGAUGACGGCGGAGACGGCAUUGCGGUUGUUCCGUGGGAACUAA